AUGGACAUCAUGCGUUUGGUGAAACCGCCCAAUGUCGCACAAGGGUUUGGUGGUUUUCCUGGACGAGAUCAACACGUCACAGCACGUGAACAUGCUCUGCGUGGCCGUGCCCUACCGGAGAGCGUCACAGUUCUGGCGGCCUUGAAUCCACGGCGCAAGCGGCCACAGGCGGCUAUGACCACUGGUUUGGUCUAUGGAAGUGGAGCUGAGGAGGAGAUGAGCAGUUUGGUCUACCGAGUCCAUGCGGUGCCGGAAACGGUCAAUGACUUCCUCUUUGACUUUGGAGCUCUGACGAAGAAGGCUGAAGAGAUGUACAUCCGCUCCAUGGUGCAAAACUGUUGGCCGGACUCCCCCGAUCGCGAACAAGUCCUGGUGACAAGCAUCCUUGGCCUAGCGCAGGACUUCAUUCGUUAUCACGAGGGUGACCCUUCGGCCGUGUCUCUGAGAGACGUGAAACGAUGUCUUCGCGUCGCAAGGUGGAUGCAGGAUCGCUUCGCCAAGAAGACCAGCAGUUCAGCGGGACAUCCACAUCCACCAUCAUUGGUUGUGGCAGUGGCUUUGGUAUAUCAUUAUCGUCUUCCAUCACGGGAGAGGCGCCAUCAGCUCUGGGUGGAUUUGGCGCGACGCAGCCCUUGGCCCCCGGACAGUGGCGUGAUGCGCCAGAGGGGCUGGGAACAGCUGAGGAAGCAGAAGGAGGAGAAUGGUUUGACGUCCAUGGAGAACCUUCUGCUGCGCGUGCAAGCGAAUGUGGCGAAGGAAUUUGAAGUGGAAAAGGAUGUGGUGAUGAACGAAGCGCUGGCGGAGAAUGUCUUUGUGGGACUCUUGUGCAUCAUGAAUCGCAUUCCACUCUUCAUCGUUGGCAAGCCAGGAACAUCCAAGACGCUCUGCAUGCAAGUCUUGCUCAGCAACCUGCAGGGCAAACAAUCCAAGUCCAAGGUCCUGCAGUCCUUGCCGGCCCUUCGCAUCAUGCAGUACCAGUGUUCGCCCCUCUCCACUGCCGACGGGAUCCAGCGACAGUUUGAUGCUGCGCGACGCUUCGCCUCGAACGCCUUGGAUGCACAGGUGGUGCUUCUGCUUGAUGAAGUCGGUCUGGCGGAGUUCUCUCCUGACAUGCCUUUGAAGGUCCUCCAUGGCAUCCUCGCGGAGCCCGGGACAGUGGCGGUGGUAGGGCUGUCGAACUGGCGCCUAGACCCGGCCAAGAUGAAUCGCAGCGUAUGUCUGGCACGACCGGAUCCGGACAGUGCCGAGGUUGGACGUACAGGAGCAGGUCUACUGGGAAGUUUGGGCGGUCGCAAAGAGGAGGAAGCCUCCUGGUUGCAGUCCCUGUCGGGCGCCUUUUGGGGCGUCUUUGCGGAUCAAGGAGGACGAGAUUGGCUCGGCAUGCGCGACUACUACAGCUUUGUCCGUGCAGUGCGGGACGGAUGUUUGAAGCACAACACGGAACAGCCGGACGCAGAGAUUUUGUGCUUCGCCAUCCAGAGGAAUUUUGGUGGUCAACCAUUGCUGCUGGAACGAAUGUUGCAAGCCAUGCUCCCUUCAGGAUCUCCCAGACAUGAACGACCGAUGAAAGAACUCUUGCAGACCAGUCUGACUGACAGGAGGGCGAGGCACUUGCUGUUGGCCAGUCAAGGCCCUGCCUUGCCAUGGCUGCAGGCGGCUGGAGUCUUGCCGGACGCCGAAAUCUUGUUGGGCAGCGACUUCCCAGAGGAUGCGUCGGAGGCCUACGCUAUCCGGCAACUGAUGUGUGUCAGAGACGCGAUGGCGAAGGGCCGGAGUCUGGUGCUCUGUGGAAUGGAUGUGAUCUACGAAGCUCUCUACGACGUCCUGAACCAACGCUACGUCCGGCGCCGCACGGAGGAAGGUGAAAUUGAGCUGAUGUUGCGCCUGGCCAUCGGGGCGCGAUCUCAGCUGUGUCCUAUGGCUGAGAGCUUCAAACUGCUGGUGCUGGUGGAUCAGGAGCAGGCCUUCAAACAGCUGGAUGUGCCGUUCCUGAACCGUUUCGAGAAGCAACUGCUGCAGCCUGCAGAUUUGCUUCCGCCCGACAGGCGUCCCUUGUUGGACUCGCUACGGGGCUGGUGCCGCGCCUGCGGCUGUGAGGCCAGCUGCGAGGUGGUCCCAGGUGGCCUGGAGCUGGGCAGCACCCUGGCGGCGCUGAUGCUGGCGAAGCCUGAGGCCAAGCUGGAGGCGUGGUGUCUCGCGGUUGGAAUUGAGGAACUGCAGCGUGCCAUCUUUGACAUGGCCUUGCCAUUGGCAGUCUUCCGGUCCAAAACCUUGCAGCAGAUGCAGCGCAGGGAGGAAGAGUAUUUCGAGGUCCGCUGCAGCCUCAGCGCCGCCAUGCGCUACGCCAUCGACGCCCACGACGCCGUUGAGUCGGGCGGCCGCGGCUUGCUCUGUGAGCUGGCGACGUCGUCGCCGAUGGCGCACAUGCCGGCGGUGAAGGAACUGGCGGCCGUGGGAGGCACAGAGAUCAUCCCGGUGUCACAGCUGUCAGGCUCGCAACAGUUGGAGGACAUCUUGGAAAAGUUCUUUCAGGUGGAAUCCGAGACCGGCCCCAGGAGCUUGAUACUUCAAGUGGAUGCUCUCAGCAGUUCCUCCAGGGUGGCUUUGACAAGACAUUGUUGCACCGUGGCACGUGCGAGGCAGAGAAAUGCCAACGCGCACGUCUUUCUGGUUCAGCAUCGUGCUGGUUGGACAGCUGAAAGGGGCGCCAGUGGCUUCACCUGGCAACCGGAAGUGGGCUGGAGCUCGGUCUUCGUGGACGACAUCCAAGGUGAAGGCACGGCAAGUGGACAGGAUCCUGCCUUCGCGGGCCAGUCACAGAAGGAAUUUCUCCAACUCUCAGUCCACGAGUUGCAAGAGAAGCAACGCAUCCCAUCCUUGGCUCAGAUUUUGCAGAAACGCAGCAGCAGCUGCGUGGCGCGCUGCGUGCAGCCGGGCGUGGGGUUGGAAGUCUUGGCCCAGCGGCUGCGGGACCUGCGCGUGGCAUUGCGGGAGGUGGAAGGCUUUGGGAAGGCUGUUGAGGCAUUGGCCAUGAUGACGCUACACCAGUGGGGCGCCGAUGCCAGCGGCUUGCACCUGCACGUGAAGCUGGCGAUGCAAGAGAUGCGUUUUGGCAGCCUUCGCAAGUCGGUUUGGCUCUCGAUCGAGCGCUUGCAGCUCUCUGCCCUUAGCCAUGCGCUUCGUUGGAUGGACUCCGACUUCAACCUGCGCCACAUCACCUCGCAGAGCUCGCCGGCGCGGCGCCUCUGGUUGAGCCUGGUGCGGAGUUCCAUGCAGUCAGCUCCACAGGUGGUUGCUGCAGCUCUCAGACCUGGAGCUGCCUUGCAAGGCCCAGCGCCCGUGCCGAACUUCGGGCGCUUCGGUCCACUGGAGUGCCGCUGUCCUUUUUCAAACCGCAUCUUAACUCAGUGCGCUUCCGUGGUCAAAACCUUGGACCAAAAAGAGCGCAGUGGGCCAAGUGAGCCUAAAAGAUGGCACGCUCUGAGCACCAAGAUCUUUGGCGAAGAGACCAUGGACGCCUUUGCAGCCUUUGAGGCCACCUUCCCAGGCUCCUUGCUGCAUGAUGCGGUGGCCACGUGGGCUCCCAUCUAUCCCUUGCUGGGCUUUGAGCUGAUGUUGAAGGUGUGCACCUUGAUCUGUGGCAAAAUCACUUCCAACCCCAUCACCUCACCCUUGGAAUUGGUUGCGGCCUUCGAAACCAGCAAGAGCUUAGUGCAGAGUGUGUGCUCGCUGCUGUCGCUGGUGGAAGCCAGAUUUGGUGAAGAUGAGUCCAACGAUGUUUCAAUGAACUUCUUGAAGGAUGAUGUGGGCGUAUCUCUGGUGGAAGGCAUUGGAACGCUGCCGGCCAGCGCUGAAUGGGUGGAACGUGCUCGACCUCACAUGCAGGUGCUGAUGUCCAUGGUGAGCACAGAUAUGGACAGUGCGCUAGCGCUCGGAUCGUCCUGGUGGCAGCUGCGCAUGAAGCUGGAGUUCCAAUCUGCCCUUGGGGAGGAGGUUUCCAUGCCCGAAGUCACUGCAGAAGAGCUGUUGAUGCCAAACUGGUGGCGUCAAAGCAUGGAACGCCUGCGGGACUCCAAAAGUGCUGCGGAAGAGAAGGUGUCACUGGCGCUCUGUCGCGGCAUGGAGGUUCUCAACGACGUUUUGUGCCUUCGCGGGGCAGAGGCUGCCUUGGCCAAGCAUGGCUUGGCGGAGGCAAUCUGGUCGCUGGUCAUGGGACAGGACCUAAAACGCCUGGGCCUACAGAAGCUUCCGCAGAGAUGUUCGAAGGCCUUGCUUCGAUGGCUCCACACGGAUCAGGUGAAGAAGGUCUUGAUGAGACAGACCUUGCAGCCACAGACCUUGCAGAUGUACAUGAACUUUCUGGAGGACGUCGAGGAGUUGGUGCGGGAAGCCCAGGAUGGCGACGUGGCGAAGGUAGAAAGCCUGAAGGGCACCGUGGAAGUCUUGCACGCUGCAGCACGCUUGCGCGGGACAAUCUCCAACUAUGCCAUGAGCUUGGUGGGUUUGGAGCAACCAGCAGCAGCUCCUGCCGCGUUGGCCACGCUUUUCACUCGCAACAAGUCCGCUGCCAUCUUUGCCGCGAAGGUGCUCCGUCGACUGGGCGGCGACCAAGAGCUUUGCCGUGUUGCCUGGAACAAACGAGGCGCCUUGCCUUGGUUUCCCUUGGACCCUUCGCGGCUGCCAAUCCUCGCCAACGAUCUUCCGGAUCCUUUCGUAAGAUUGAUCCCAAGCGAUAGGUCUUUGGAAAGGUAUAUGGCAAUUUGCAGCGCCUGCGGGCUGUGCGCAAGCUCGCCUCAAAACCUGGAUGCUUUCAAGAAGGCCGUGGAUAUUGAGUGCAAAAACAUCAACCGCCGCAGUGCUGUGGUUUUGAGCUGCAUUGCCUCCAGAGUACUGUUGAACCGACAGGCCGAUGAAGAACUGAUACUGGAGUACAAGCGGAACUUUCGCACGGAAGAGGGUGAAGCCAUCAAUUUCGAGGGCUUCACGCCAUACUGGUGCCGGCAAGAGCAGCCAGAUGCCUUUCGAAAGGCACUUGUGGCACCUUGUGGGCCACGCAAGGUGCGACCCAUCCCGGGCUCUGUGAAGUUUGGAAAGUCCCAGUUGCAUGGGCGUGGUGUGUUUGCUGAUGCAAAUUUCAAGCGUGGCGAGGUUGUUGAGGUGUGUCCUUGCCUUAUCCUCGACACCAAUGGAGCGGAUUGCAUGCAGGAUCAUUGCUUCCAGAUCAACGAAGUGAAGCUGGAUGUGGAAGGCAAAAGCGUGGUAAAGCGACAGUCACGCUACAUUCUGCCCUGUGGUUACGGUGGCAUGUACAACCACUUGGAAAGAGGGCAAGGAGAAAAUGUGCAGUGGUUCUACGAUGAAACUACGCAGUGUUGCAUUUGGGUGGCACAUCCAAAGGAGCUUGCCAUAGAGGAGGGAGUGGAGCAGAUCCAGCGUAACGAAGAGCUUUGCUUCGACUAUGGGGAGGCAUAUUGGCAAGCUCCGCAACGUGUUCAACGUCCAAAGGCACGAGCUGAAGCAGGGGCUUAG